AUGCAGACUGCGUCUACGAUCGAAUCGUCAAGGGACUUCCUCCAGAUCCCUCCGCACAGAGCCAGCGCCGAUGCAGUCCUGGAGUGGGAGAUCUUCCGCGGGAAGUAUCCCGGCGACGCGUUGAUCGGUGGUCUCUUUCAGCCAAGGGAGGAGAAUGUGUCUUCGCCGGCGAGCAUCGUGGAUGGAGUCAUGACAGGCACCGGAUUGCACCCCCUGGAUGACGAGAAGAUCCCAUCCCUCAUCGAUAGCUUCCUGCAGAAUGUCCACACGAAAAACCCCCUUCUCGAUGCAGAAUUACUGGUGAAACACGGCCGUCGGUGUGCAGAGCAUGGCGUUGGCUGGGAUGCACUCUCCUGCCUGGUGCUGUUAGCAUGCGCUCUGGGCACUGUUGCAAAGCCUUUCGGCACGUCUAUCACUCAACAACCAGUCUUGCCGCGAGGAACUGUUGACCUGGCACCAAGCUCGGCGAGUUGUUCUGCUCAUGUGUACGCCAAAGAGCUGCAGCAGGCCGAGUCGUGUUUUGCGCUCGCUUGCCGUCGUCUGGGCUCGCUGAAGCAUACAUUGCUGGGAGCCCAGUGUUAUUUCUUUGCCGGUGUCUACCUCAUGUACACGCUGCGGCCGAUUCUAUCCUGGCAAUACUUCAUCCAUGCGUCGGUUCUCUACCAGCUAUACCGCAAGACCACCCACGGUAUCCCAGAGAGCCAUACGCGUGUUCCCUCGCAGCCUUUGACGGCUGCAGAGCGCAAGACCAGACGGCUGGAGCAAAGUCUCUACUGGUCGUGCUUCAAAUCCGAGUGCGAGUUUCGCGUCGAGCUCCCUUUUCCUCAAUCUGAAAUCAGCGCCGGAGAGUGUCCCAAUCUGUUUCCCUCCCCCCCAUCACCGCAUGAGACAGAUGUUGCCAGCAUCCCGACCUCCAACCUGCUCGACAGGAGUUCGGUUGGUGGCAGGCAGGCUUCGUUGACUCCCCUCGGCCACUUCGAUGCCCAGGCACACAUUACAGACGAAGAGCAGGAACUGCGGCAACAUGCGAAGAACCUGUGCAACGAGGAAGAAAGCUGGUAUUAUUAUCUCACGGAGAUUGCUCUCCGCCGCAUAGGCAAUCGUAUCAUCAACACCUUUUUCCGUCAGGAUCGCUCGUCCUGGCUCAACAUCAAGCCUCUCCUUCGAAUGGCACAGGAGUUCGAGGCUCAGGUAUCAUCAUGGUCAGCACAUCUCCCGCCAGCAAUGCAGCAUUAUGAAACCACGUCGAUCAUCCGGGCACCGCAUCUCAACUCCCACAGUCAGGGCGCGGGCGGCCACGUCUCCCGGGAACUCAGCUGGGCAGUGGAUAACCGGCUUCUGGAGAUGCAGACCUGGCUGUAUCAGCCCUUUCUGUAUUAUCUGGUCCAUGUGGGACUUGGUCUUCCGUCGACGACGUCGGGCAGCUACCCGUACCAUGCGACAGCCAUUCCCGACCAACGAACUCGCGAUGGCCGUCUCAGUAAUCUGUUGAAUCCCUUUCUCCCCGCGGCACACCCUGCGGCCGGUUCGCACGUUCUCGGACUUCCCGACGAUGCGGCUGUGGCGGAUGGGGGCUCCCCCCUGGACAACGAGGAUCUCGCAGUACUUCGCUCUCUGAUUGCGUCCGGCAUAGAAUGUAAUCUGAAGACGCUGGAGGUUCGGUCAAUCGGUCAUCGCCAUCACGGUCUAUGGUAUGAUCUCCGAAGCAUCAUGUGCUCCUCUCUGACCCUGCUUGCUGUGGUCAAAAGUGGGAAUGCCGCUUGGAUCCCCGGUGGUGCUGAGGCUCUCUGGGGGAGCAAUCCCGGGGCGUCGUACUGGGCAGAUUUGCCUGUGCCUAUAGGGGGGAAGAUUGCCAAGGUCCUGGCCCAGUUUAGCUUUUGGGCGGCAGAAGCGCCGGACCUGCUAAGAUACCGAGAGAUUUUGGAGGAGGUGGUUCGGGACGUAAGAGGUUCAUGA